AAACCUUUCCACCUACACCUUUUAAUAUCCUCUCCACGUACAAGGUAUACAUACACCAAAGAUGACCAUCAGAUACGAUAUACUAUCAUGAGUCGUUCGCCUGCGUCUUCGGGUCUCUUACCAAUUCCUGGCUCGCCUUCGUCGUCUUGGGCCAUUUACCGGGCCAGAUUCGCCUCCGUCUUUCAAAACGCCGACACGUCGGUGCUGGUCGCGUUCUGGCUAUUUGGAUUGAUCAACAAUGUCCUAUAUGUCAUUAUCCUCUCCGCGGCUCAAGACCUUGUCGGUUCCGAUGUGCCCAAAGGACUCGUCCUCCUCGCCGAUGUUCUCCCUUCGUUCCUCACCAAGUUGACCGCGCCGUACUUCAUACAUAAAGCCCCCUACUGGCUACGCACCGUCGCAUUCGCAGUGACCUCAUCGCUCGGCAUGUUCAUGAUUGCACUUACGCCUCCAGAUAGGUCCGUCGGUGCCAAGAUGGCUGGUGUUGUUUUCGCGAGCCUAUCGAGCGGCGCCGGGGAGCUGAGCUUUCUCGGACUUACGCAUUAUUAUGGGCACAUGAGUCUUGCUGCAUGGGGAAGUGGUACUGGCGCGGCUGGUCUUGUCGGUGCCGGACUUUAUGUCUUGUUUACCGACUGGUUCGGUUUCUCCGUCAAAACCAGUCUACUGGCCUCGGCAUUCUUACCUGUGAUAAUGCUUAUCAGCUUCUUCCUCGUCCUUCCUAAGGGACCGCUCCGCGCAGGAAAGCAUGCUAAAGAGUACCAUCCUAUUCUAGAUGAGGAACCCGAGGAGAAUGACAUCGAAGAAGACUUGCCCUCCGUAAAUGCAACCUCUAGCCUACUGUCGCCUGGGUCGAGUGCUACCUCUGCCUCCACGUCCCAUCAAACAUAUACCACAUCUGAAUUCAGGACAAAUUUACGACGGGCAAAAUCAUUAUUUUUCCCAUACAUGCUUCCCCUGCUAUUAGUCUACGUCGCGGAAUACACCAUUAACCAAGGCAUAUCACCGACCUUAUUAUUCCCUCUAGAUUCGACUCCCUUUAAGGAGUAUCGUGAUUUUUACCCCAUGUACGGAUUUUUAUAUCAACUCGGCGUAUUCAUCUCCCGAUCGUCAAUUGCUUUUCUUCGCUUCCGGCAUUUAUACCUUCCUUCAUUUCUUCAAGUCGGUAACCUCUUGUUGUUAACACUGCAUGCGCUGUUGCCAUUCAUCCCUAGUGUUUAUAUUAUUUUCAUCAUAAUCUUUUGGGAAGGUCUUCUUGGUGGUGCGGUAUAUGUCAACACGUUCGCCGAGAUUAUGGAAAAUGUACCAAUAUCUGAACGAGAGUUUAGCCUCGGCGCAACUAGCGUCAGCGACAGCGGUGGUAUAUGCAUCGCUGGCUUCGUCAGUAUGGCUAUGGAGGUGCGACUUUGUAACUGGCAAGCUCGUCACGGAAGAGAUUGGUGCCAGAAAAUCAAAGCUGGUUAAAAAAAAUCGAGAUGAAGACCAAUAUUUGGAAUAUAAAACCCCUGAUUCGGGAUGGGGCUAUCUAGUCUGUACAUGCUCUAUUAAGGUAGGGUUGGUUACAAGGCUGGUUUGGUAGAUUCGGGGAUGGUUUUUGCUUUUUGGUUCAAAUCAUCUUUGUUCAUCAAGACCCAAUCCAAAUCCAUGUUUAGAGCACCGCCAUUCCAUUGUGAAGGUGGUAAAAUCCUGCCAUAUUCAUUAAUGUCAAACGCCUACUUAUAAAGCUUGGCACACAAUGACAUAAGGACUUACAUAUCCCACUGCAAAUCAUUCC